AUGUACUAUGAUUGUAUAAGUGGCCAAUCUGUCCUAAAUCAAGGCCAUUGCCAUCCUCGACUAGUUAAAGUUAUGCAAGACCAAUGUCAACAAUUGACUUUAACAUCACGUGCAUUAUAUACAACUGCCUUGGGGGAAUAUGCAGAAUACUUAACUAAAUUAUUUGGAUAUCAGAAAAUGAUGCCUAUGAAUUCUGGAGUGGAAGCAGUCGAUACAGCUGUAAAAUUAGCAAGAAAAUGGGCUUAUGAAGUUAAAGGAGUUCCUCCAAACCAGGCAAAAAUAAUUUUUGCAAAAAAUAAUUUUCAUGGACGUUCGAUUUUUGCCUGCUCUGUGUCCACUGAUCCUCAAGUUUAUGAGAAUUUUGGGCCUUUUAUUCCCAAUAUAUUACAUGUGGAAUUUAAUGAUUUGAACGGAUUAGAGGUGAUUUUUGCUUAG